CUGGAUACAAAUUGGAGUGAUGUGAGCAGAAUGAGAUCUAGAAUCGACACUGUUUACAGAGUUCACUGAUAAUUCAUUUGCUAUGUUUACUGAUCAUGCAUAGUAUGUUUCUGCAAGUUUGAGGCUAUUAGAGGUCGUGCUGCUCUGCGUGCCGUCCUCUUGGUAGCGCCCAUAUAAUGACGUUGGACCGCGCCGUUAGAAGCGCGCGCAUACAGAGCGCACACCGGAGAGCAGCAGACGCACGCACAUGACAAUGAAUUUAUGACUGAUUGUGUGUGGGGGGGUGGGGAAUCCCAUUUUUUGUUCUUGUUUGUUUAUAUGAUAAGGACACGCUAUUUGGAACUUCUGUAGUACGCGUGGAUGCACGUGAGCGCAUUGUACCGCAUCACCGGCGCGCGCUUCGGGGAAAUCUACAGACAGAACAUAGAAAAAUAGGGAGCUUUUUUUUUUUUUUUUUGUCGUGUGCAGGAAAAUCAUGAACAUAUAUAAUCAAAGUGAUGGAGGUGGUGUGAAGGAGAGCCGUGCAGACUCGGAGGCACCGGCUAAGUUGCUGUUUGGCAUUGGUACGGACAACCUGGUGACGCUGCUGGUGUUCGGGCUGAUCUUCGCGCUCGGCGUGGUGGGAAAUUCUCUGGUGAUCGCCGUCCUGGUGCGGCGCAGAGCGGGUCAACGCCGCGGCACCACUAACAUCUUCAUCUUUAACCUGGGUGUGGCUGACCUGUCCUACCUGCUUUUCUGCGUGCCCUUCCAGUCCACCGUGUACAUGCUUCCCACCUGGGUUUUCGGUGCCUUCAUCUGCAAGUUUGUGCACUACUUCUUCACCGUGUCCAUGCUUGUGAGCGUGUUCACACUGUCCGCGAUGUCCGUGGACCGCUACGUGGCCAUCGUGCACAGCCGGAAAUCCUCGUCUAUCCGCGUGGCGCGGCACGCGCUGUUCGGGGUGCUGGGCAUUUGGGCGCUCUCGCUGGCUAUGGCCGCGCCGGUCGCUUACCACCAGUGCAUCGUGGAGACCGAGGACAACAGCACGUUCUGCUGGGAAGUGUGGUCUGAUCCCAAGAGGAGGAAAGUCUACGUGGUGUGCACGUUUGUCUUCGGCUACCUGUUGCCCUUGAUCCUUAUUACUUUCUGCUACGCAAAGGUACUGAAUCAUCUACACAAAAAUCUGCGAAACAUGUCUAAGAAGUCAGAGGCAUCGAAGAAGAAAACAGCACAGACCGUUCUGGUGGUGGUGGUGGUCUUCUGCCUGUCCUGGCUGCCCCAUCACGUGGUGCAUCUCUGGGUGGAGUUUGGUUCAUUCCCCCUGAACCAGGCGUCCUUCCUUUUCCGUGUGGCAGCUCACUGUCUGGCCUACAGCAACUCCUCGGUCAACCCCAUCAUCUACGCCUUCCUCUCGGAGAACUUCAGGCAAGCCUACAAGCAGGUGUUCCGAUGCCAGGUGGCCAGUGAAUGUCCAACACAGGAUGCUCGAGAAACAAGAAACAAGAUGGAGAAAGUUCCACCAACUAACUGCACCACGGUUUAACUUACUACACCCAUUGUCUUGACUUUGUUUUGCUCGUGUAGCGCUGGAGAUUGCUUCAGGUACAAAAGGCAGAUGUUGUGGACCAGCUGUAGUCUUUUCUUUCUGUCAUGUAAUCAAGCAUGCUGUGACAUUUCAAGCAAUUUUCUCUUUUUUUUUAUGGUCAAUAAGAAAAUACUAUUCUGUAUUAUGUUAAUAAGUGCAGUGAAAGAUUUGAAUCUGUGUUGUUGUUGUUAUUGUUGUUGUUGUUGUUGUUUUAUGCAUAUACCCAUGAAUUUCUGGACUUUUUUUAAAGUCAGACCUUAUCUAUGACUUGAAAUUGAUGUUUUGAGAUUCAGAUUUCGACCUAGACUAGAAUAUUUCCGUUUGCUUGAUUAGUCUGUGUAAAUAAUUGUUUAGUAGCGUUCAUUCAAUUACACUUCUACAAUCUACCACAUUUCCUCCAUCCAGCACCUGAUUCCAAGAGGAAGAAGAAAAAUGGACCAGGAAACAUGUACGAGCCUCAACUAGGAGCAUCAACAUCUACAGAGACCUAACAAGAAGCUGGAAUAGACUAAGAGGCUGUACUGUUAGAAAUCUGGAAAUGCACGUUGGGGGGGGCUUGAGGGGUGAAACAUUUUCACUCUUUUUCUCAUAAACGGUUUAUGAUAGUAAAUUUAUACAACAAAUCUUGAUCUAAUUUUAGUGCACCAGCCUUUAAACCCAUUGAGAAUCAUAAAUUGUCUGGCUAUAGUAAUUUGAUGAAUGUUACCUAAGCAAAGCAGAAGAAAAAAACGCAGGUGAGGACAACCUUACGACCUUGGAUGAUUCAAUGCUUGUACGCAUUCGCAGACUCAGUGACGCACAUGCAGACUUGUUUUGAACUGCUUUAAACAAGCUC